CCUCGACCCCCCUCUCGCCCCUCUCCUCUCUCCCUCCUCGCUCUCUGCCCGGUCAUCGCUGGCGCUCGGCCUCGUCGUCAGCUCGCAGGCCGCGGACGUCCCGGUACGAACCCCGGCGGGGCAGCCGCAGCAGCAGCAGCAGCAGCAGCACGGUCAUUGGGUCACGAGAUCACGACUGAGUUCACAGGAAAGACAGCAUGGCGACCGUGCUGGACUUCGAGGGCUUCGACCCAGAGAGCGACGCCAAGGCCCUGCGGAAGGCGAUGAAGGGGUUCGGCACGGACGAGCAGGCGAUCAUCGACGUGGUGACGCACCGCUCCAACGCCCAGCGGCAGCAGGUGGCAGUGGUGUUCAAGACUCUCUACGGCAAGGACCUGCUGUCCGACCUCAAGUCGGAGCUCUCGGGCUGGUUCGAGACGCUGAUCGUGGCGCUGUUUGACCCCCCGCUCGUCUACGCUGCCAAGCAGCUCAAGGGGGCCAUGCGGGGAGCUGGCACGGAUGAGAAGUGCCUCAUUGAGAUCCUGGCCUCAAGGAACAACGCGGAGAUGUUGGAGCUCUGCGCCGCUUACCAGCGAGAGUACGGCUCGUCCCUGGAGGAAGACAUCAUGGGGGAAACAUCGGGGCUCUUCCAGAGAGUCCUGGUCUCCCUACUCACGGCGAACAGAGACGAGGGGGACGACGUGGACGAGGAACUCGCAAGCCAAGACGCAGAGGGACUGUACCUGGCCGGGGAGGACAAACUGGGUACGGACGAGUCAACCUUCAUCAUGAUCCUGUGCUCCCGCAGUCACGCACACCUCAAAAGAGUGUUUGAGAUCUACAAGGACGUGGCUGGGAAGUCGAUCAUUGAGAGCAUCCGCAGUGAGACCUCCGGGGACUUCGAGGACGUCCUCCUUGCCAUCGUGAAGUGCAUUCUGGACAAGCCGGCCUUCUUUGCGGAGCGCCUCUACAAGGCCAUGAAGCAUGCGGGCCUGGGCACGGACGACGCGACCCUGGUCAGGGUCAUGGUGUCGCGAUGCGAGGUCGACAUGCUGGACAUCCGCUUCGAGUUCAAGCGCUUCUUCGGAGAGACGCUGUACUCCUUCAUCAAGGGUGACACGUCGGGUGACUACAAGCGGGCGCUCAUCCAGCUGUGCGGAGGUGAUGACUAAGCGAUCGGGGAGGUGGGGACAGCGCUGGAAGAAAUCCGUGGAAGUCACCUCCCCCCAACCCCCACCCCCCCCCCAACCACCCCCCCCAACCACCUCAGAAUCAGAAUCUUUAUAUAGACUGGAGGAAUCUGACGAGCUUCGUAGUCCGGCCGCGGAUUUCUACGAGGGAAUGCAGGAGCAGCCGCGGCGAAGGGAGAAAUCCGUGGGAGUUCGUCCGCACCCACCCCGUGCGGGUGCGGACUGCCGCGGAUUGCUACGAGAGGCCGAUGCUGCAAACAUGAAAGUUAAAAAUCCGCGGAAGCUCCUCUGCCUACCGCAAUUGUUGUUAGUGCUUCACUGUAUGUUCUUAGCUCUUUCGCUAAAGUCACGUUGAAGGGAAACAAUAAAAUAAUAAAAUAUAUAUAAACAAUAAAAAAAAUUCUCACGA